GGGCGUAACGGAAACAUCACCAUCGAUUCAACGGGUUCAGUUUCAACGGAUACUUUGCGGCGGAUUCGCGUGUUUUCUCGUGGUACGUCGUAAUGCGCUGGAUGUAAUCACAUCCCGUUCAGUGUUGUCCCAGUGAAGUGCAUUUAGUGUAUAAUCCAUUCGACAAGCGAUCAACAGCCAUGAUUCAGCUUUGGAGCUUUACAGUAUUAUUGCUCUUGGUAGCCUUUGGUGACUUUGCCAGUGGGCAGCAGCCAGAGCGCGUGUGUGCCAUUGCACGCUACACUGCAGAAUGUGAGCAGCUGCAGCGUGGUGCAUCGGAGGUGGUAUGCGUACACGUACAGGACAGUGUCGAAUGUGCCCAGCGCAUUCGUAACGGUACAGCGGACUUUGGUGUAUUUAGUGCGGAAAGUGUGCUACUUACCGCUAGCCUUGCCUGGGAAGGACUCACCGUCAUCAAGGAGCUACGGAGUAGCGAAAGAAUCCGCGAGUCGGUUGACUUCCAGACGGCGGUCGUCGUGCGCAGCACCCACACGGGAGGACUCAAUGGAUUACGCGGACUGCGCUACUGUCAUCCGGGAUUCCAUUACAGCCGUACGCAUCGCUGGACCGAACGAGUGUUGAAGCAGUUCGAGCGGCUGGUUGCACCGGCCAAGUGUGAAGACUUCCAUACCGUGGCCGAGAUUGAAACGGCGGCUUUGUCGAACUUUUUCGGUGCCGCUUGCCGUCCAGGUGUAUGGUCGCAGAUACCUAAGGAGGAUUCAGAUUUAAAAGAAAAAUACUCGAAUCUCUGCUCGCUCUGUCCGAAUGCGUCCUCCUGCUCGUACGAAGGCCUUAACAAUGGGCAACAGUCCGCACUGCAGUGUCUGGAACGGGAUGGUGAUGUGGUUUACGCAUCUGUUCUCGAGAUUCAGCGUUUCUUCACCGACCGUAGUUCCAUUUCGAACGAUUUCUCCUAUCUCUGCCAGGACGGCACUCUGCAACCUGUCAACGGACCGGCCUGCACGUGGUUAGCUCAACCCUGGCCAACCGUCAUGGCGUCCGCAACGAAAGCAGUUCAAAUUGCGGCCCGCCUGGACGUGUGGUUACGCAAUUCGCUCACCACGAGCACCCCAUGGGAAACGGCCAUUAUCGAUAUUUUGACGCGACACAACACGGACAAGAUCGCUGCCGCUUCUUCGAUUCAGUCACCCUCGGACUACUUCUUUCCACACCGGCCAACACCGAUCGUGUCCGAUAUUUGUCAAAUGACGGCACGCUGGUGUACGACAUCUUUGGAGGAGCAGGACAAAUGCACCGUACUAUCGAAGGCAGGUCUAACCACCGGAGUGUAUCCGCUGUUGCAGUGUAACAAUCCUACGACGAACCGUAUCAACUGCUUGCGGGAAAUUGCGGCCGAUCGGGCCGACUUUGCCGGUAUCGAUUCCAACUACGGUUAUCUGGCUCGUCAGUCCAAUUUGGCAGCGGCACUGUAUCAAGAGACGGAAAAGGAAAAAUAUUCCACCGUGCUAGUGCUCGUGCACGAGGGCAAAGGGCACGAUCGGUUCGAGAAGUUGCGCAACGCAAAGGCUUGCUUCCCGGAGUUUGGUGGAAUUGCUUCCAUCGCGUUCGUAAAUGUUGGCCGAUCGCGAGGAAUAUUUGAUCGUAACGAGUGCGACUACGGCCAUCUGAUGAGCGAGUUCUUCUCCGAAUCCUGUGCACCAGGAUCGCGUGACGACAUGCACGAUCCUACCGGGGAAAACGCCGAAAAUCUUUGUGCUCUGUGUCGUUACGGCGAUACACCUACACCGCGCGAGCUCGCUGGUAGUGAUGAUGAUGUGAACACGGACUGGCCGAUCGAAGAUGCCCCCGAGGAAGAACUGGUCGAGGGAAUAGAUCCGGCCCUUCGCAGUAGUGACAGCAUCGCUGUAGCGGUCGAUAGAAACUUACUGUGCGCUGCAUCCGAAGCAAAUCGAUACUACGGUACGCGCGGUGCGUUACGUUGUCUGCAAGAGGCUGGAGAGGUGGCGAUCAUCGAAGCUCAAAAUCUGGCCGAUCACGCACAAUUCCUUGGUAUGAAUGGGAGCGAUUAUCGCGUACUGUGCCGAAACGGGACGCUGGCCGCAUACACGGGCUUUAAUGUGGACGAGGAAUGCUACCUGACCACGAUCGUUGAUGGAGAGAUCGUUGUGCGACGUCAGUGGGAACAAUCGGAUAACCUCGUGCACGUACUGACCUCGCUCGAUGUGUAUCUGCAGAACGAUCCCGACUUUCGGAUGUAUAACAUUUUCGCCGGACAGCGCAAUUUGCUGUUUGAGGAUUCUGCUCUGGGGCUGGUUUCACCACAGCAUACCGAGUUGGGUACGUCCGUGAAAAACUACAUCCGGCUGUUCGAAAAUAUCGAGGACUGCCAGAAUGCGGCACCGUCAACUACGAUCGCACCGGGUGGUAGCGGUGGCCGGGCAGCCAUUAUUACGGUUAACUUCUUGCUCACCUUCAUUCUUGCCGGUAUCAUUGCUUGGAGACUGUAGUUAAUUCAUGAAGGUCACCAAAACCUUUUCAGUCUUGCAGUCUCUUUCCCAGGAGCGUACUUAACCACAGCCCCAGUUCGUUGGAAAACACCAUUGAUCGCUGCAUCUGUUACGUCGAUACAGCGUACACGAGGCAAGACUAAUCUGUAAUGCAAAGUUCACUAGCGUAAUGGUCGAUCGAAUUAUCGAAAUACUAAUAAAGAGAAAACUGGAUUCUAA